AUGGCGUCAACAUUCGACCUCGCUACGGAUGAGUUUCUCACUUGUGAGAUUCAUUCCGAGAGCACCCUCCCACUUCUGAGUUACUUCAUCGCGUGCAAGAAGCACAAUCAGAAUGGCUCCAGGACCUUGUUCCAAAAAGUCAAGUCAAAGAUCGGAGUUGCGGAUCGUCCCAUCCCUGAUGAGUCCGAGCAGUUGCAAGAUGUUCUGCUGGCUCUGAUGAAAGAUGGUCCCGGAAAACAUGGGGAGAAGAUCCCCGGCUGCCCAACGGUGACUAUCGUCGGUGCUGGUGCCUCUGGCCUUUGUGCUGGCUACGAGCUGAAGAAAGCUGGGUUCAAGGUCACUAUCCUUGAGGCUUCUUCACGAGUCGGCGGGCGAGUCAAGACCUUUCGUGAGCCAACCUUCGCUCAUGGUCUUCAUGGAGAGGGCGGUGCCAUGCGUAUUCCCGCCAAUCACUACUUACUACACAAGUAUAUCGAAGACUUUGGCCUAAAGCCCCAGCUGUUCGACUUUGAGAUGAAGAACAAGUUCAUUUACAUCUCAGGCUACGGCGAGACGCUUACCUACGAUCACUUCAAUGAUCUCCUGCAGGCAAAGGACCCCAAGCUGCUGUCUCUCUUCCCUGGUCUCCGCGAAUGCGAAAAAGGUAAGACGUGCGACAAGCUGUUCACAGAGGCUGUUGGAAAAGUCGUGGAUGACUUUUGGGAAGCCUAUGAAAAGGCCGCUGACGAGGUCUCGUUUCCUGAGAAGAUUCAGGUCCAAGCUAUCAAGGAUGCAUAUGCCGCGAUCACCAAGAAGUAUGAUAGCUACACGCUACGAUCUUACUUGACUGAUGUUGCGGGGUGGACUGAAGAUGCUAUCAAUCUGUAUGAUCUUGGAAAUGCUCAUGUCGUCUUUGAGAAUGGGUUCAUUGAAUCGUUCAAGGAUGCCUUUUUGUCAAGUAACAAGGGCGGCGAACAGGCGGGUAUGAAGCAGCUUCAGGAGGGGAUGGAUGUUGUGCCCAACGCUUUCGUCUCUAGCGAGCGAGGAGAAAAAUCACUGGUGGAUGAUAUCAUUUAUGGUGCUCGAGUUACCGAGAUAGGUAUCCUUGAACAAUCGGAUCCCCGGAUCCCACUCCAGGCUCCAGUGAAGGUGACCUACGAAGUCACAGCCAACAGCCUGAAGAAGUCCAUAACCUCAGACUAUCUUAUCCUCGCCAUCCCCUAUACCGCUCAGCGAACAAUUGCCAAAUCAAAGCCUUUCGUUCCCAUGCAGGAAAUGGCAGUUCGAGACGUUCGCUACGUGGAAGUCACCAAGAUCCUCCUGCAGUACAAGAAGAGGUGGUGGGAGGAAGUCUUCACCAAAGCAGACCAAGGCUUAGACGGUGGUCUCGUCAGCGACCUUCCUAUCCGCUACACCAUGUUCCCCAAAACAGAUGGCAACACCCAGUUCGAACAUUCUAACCGUGGUGUUAUCAUGGCAGCCUACACCUUUGAGCAAGACGCCACUAUUCUUGGAUCCCUCUCUCCAGAGCGGCGUAUUCAAAUCGCUGCUGAGAAUCUCAAUAGGAUCUUUCCCGGUGCCAGGUCGCUUGACCUUCUCGAAGCCGGAGCAUCGCAGGUCUUCCCAGCCGAUGAGCUGGCUGGUGGGAGCGCGUUUUGCUAUUUCGGUCCGAUGCAAAAGACCAAGUUCUUGGAUACUAUGCAGAAGCCUGAUUGGGAGAAUAGAGUUUUCUUUGCUGGUGAACAGGCUAGUUUUACUCAUGGAUGGAUCCAGGGUGCUUUUGAAGCUGGACUUCGAUGUGUUCAACAGAUUUGGUCCGUUGCUAUUGAGGGUAAGGCACAGUGA